GAAGAAAAUAGCGUGGAAAGAGAGUGGUAAGCAAAUCAGGAACCCUAACUUGAAGUUGGAAGAGGAAGAAGAAGAAAAAAUGUCUGGUGUGAAGAGAGCACUGAGGCAGUUUACGUUCGGAAGCGGCAAGACCGCCGGCCGCAACUCGUCGGGGCGCAUAACGUCGUUUCACAGAGGCGGCGGAGCUAAGCGGCUGCAACGAACCGUAGAUCUCAAAAGGAACACCACUUCUUCCCUGGGUGUCGUCGAACGGAUCGAGUACGAUCCUAACCGUUCUUCCGACAUCGCACUCGUUCGCUGGCUACAAGGCGUCCACCACCGCCCACGUCGCGCCGGCGCCCGCGCCGGCACCGCGGCCUGCUCGUCCAAGCUCCUAGCCCUCAGUCCCGCCGUCACUAACAGUGACAGCAUUCGUGGCGUUUUCGCGCUCAAUUCGAUGUUGCCGCGCGUUGGAACUUCCACUAGAGAGGUUUUCCUGUCUGCGUUCUCGUCCAAGGCCAAGGGACGGGAUACGAAAUCGGAAUUGGAAUCGGUUUCUUCGAUCGGAUUGCCGCGGAUGGCGGUUGCCGCCUCGAGAGCUCCGUUCUUCGCGCCACGUGGGAAAGGGGAGGAUACGUUGGAGGUUCGGAUUUGGAGAAGGAAUAGCGACGCUUGGGCGCAUAGGAACAAGCGUAGAGUGGCGGUCUCGUGGCAGAGCAUCGCGCGUUGAGUUGAUGCUAUUUUGAAUUGUGGCUUAUCAGACUGCUUGAUUCCCAGGAACUGGAGUGGACUGGCUUUAAAUUGGGUUGCACUGGUAGGAAAGGAAAAAGGAGAAAAACCCCUCCAGAAAAUUUCUUCCGUUAUUAACCAAGCAGUCAAGCUUAACCUGAUAAUUCUAAUUACAAUUAAUCUUAAUCUGAGAGCCAGCCUUUUGCAUUGUUUCAUCUCGUUUAACUUGCAUAUAGUGAUCUGGCAUUUACCGCAGGUAAUAUAUCUGGUCUGCUAAUUAACUUUUAGAUUCUCAUGUAAAUGAUUUCUAUUUUCAGUGUAUCUUAAUGAUAGAUUGACUAUAUUGUCUGUUCAGAGUCACAUUAUGUCACAGAUUUGCUUCAAUUAACCUUGUAGUAAGAAGUACACUGUGGCAAUGUUUUAUGCAAUUCCAGUGUUUAUUCUUUUG